AUCCAAUAUUCCGAUAAAUUCCGCUUUGACAAGAUGUCGAUUUGACUGGAACUUGAAUGUAGAAAACGGUUUGAAAAGGAGCGAGAUAGGGUUUUAAUCCGCAGUUGUGGAAUGAAGAGAAAAUAGAUGAAUUUUCUCAGGAGUUUUUUGUUUUAUUUGCAUUCGCAUAGCUAUCAUGUGAUUUUGAUAGCUAAAUAGGGGGUUCCUAAGACCGAUCGCCACAAUGGACAUUGCUUCGGAAAUUUAAACUGCUAGUUCCACAAGCAUUAGGGUUGCCCGUUGCCAUGGCAGCCCGUCGUUCCAGGCACAACAAUCGCUCUUUAGUGUUCGCUGAAAAUGGACGUACUCUCGCACUACAGCUCGCCCGUGGUCGAAUUUCCGGCAACGCAGCCUCUGGAAAAACAGUACGCACUGGUGGACAACUGCACGGGCACGGAUCCGCCGCCACCAAGCGCAGAUGCCGGCACCGCAACACAGGAGAAGCAGCAUGCGGCCACCCAAACAGAGCAACGGGUCGCCAGCAGCGAGGCUGUCGAAUACGACGAGCGGGCGCUGGCCAAGUGGCUGCGCCAGAUAUGUCCCAUGGUGGAGCAGGAACUGAUGCACCCCACGCCCCUGAUGGAUGAGCAGACGAUGAGCCAGGCAACCCUGGAGGAAGAGCAGAAGGUGUACACCUACCAGAAGAUAGUCAUGGGCGGCAUUGAGAACUCGCAGGGGCUGGCGAUUUGGCUGUGUGUUCACACAAACAACGCUCCCGUGCUGGUGGUCACAACGGUGGCCCCCCACGACGAUUGGUGCGAGCAUGUGGACCAGCAGCUGAAGCUAUUCGUGCCCCAGCGAAUGACCCAUGGCAACUUUGUGAUCUACUCAGAGGUCAAGACGCUGCCGCUGAAGUCCUGCCUGCGCAGCCUGUGCACGAAUCCGUUCAACAAGCACAUGUUCGCGGGAUCCACCAUGGACGGGGAGCUGUUUGUCUGGCUGUACGAGCAGGCUCGAGGGGGCGGCAGUGACGCCAAUGUGGACAUCAAACAGAUGUACAGCGUGUCCUCCACGCAGGGUGCAGCCGUCGCCUUGGACUGGGUUACGGAAACGCUUCUGCUCGCCUGCUAUGCCAACGGAUCCAUUCGCCAGUGGGACCUCAGUAAGCAGAUGACCCUGGAUUGGGAAUACUGUCUGCCUGGCACUGUUACCUCGGAGCUGACCGCAAUGGUGGCCCUGGGAAUAGAUGAUUUUGUCGUGGGCACCAACGAUGGCGGCACCUUCCGCUGCUGGAGCACUGGUCGGCAGGCCGCAUCCGCGAAGAAACAGCUACAGCUGCUGGCCUUGCGUAGACAUCGAUUCAUGGUCUCCACGCUGCUCAGGACGGAAAUGGCAGGCCACCAAUUCGUGCUCAGCUGCGACCUCAGCGGCCAGGCGUUCUACCAUGACAUGCGACACGCGGACGAGGACAUGGCUCAGUUGAUUGUGCAGAUACCAUUGCCCUUCAAGAACGUCGUCGCCUGCAGCCGUGAUGGAAACAUCAUCUACUGUCCCUCCAGCGACGGGGCUCUGGAAUACUACAGGGUCAGCGAUGGUGCGCAUGCGCAUGUCAAGGGGGCCUUGCGCGGCAAAGGCAGCCUUAUCCGGAGCAGUGACAAUGGGUGCUGGUUGAUCACGGGCCUCUAUGGCGACGAGUUUCAGAUAUUCUACGUGGAGCAUUGAAAGAUUCUUGUUUCGGUCUUGAUAUAAUCGCUUGUAUUUGCAUGACUGCUUAAGUUAGUGUACGGUUAAUCUUCUCAUAGGGUUGCUAUUUACACGAGUUUAUUUUAAAAUUUCUCAGAUCUCUAACAAAUACCAUGUGUAGAUAUAUAUACUAUGUAUUUUUCUUUUUUUUUAUAAACAAGAGUUUCUCUGUUUAGAAUUUCGAACAAAAUGCAAAAUGCAACAAAA